AGGAUCCGGCGCGCCAUGGCAGACGGCGCGGACGGCCUGGCCGAGAGGCUCGCGGGGGCGGAGAUCGCCGCGGACGGCGGCGGCGGCGAGGAGGAGCCGAAGCUCUCGAAGAACGCCCAGAAGAAAGAGGAGAAGAGGAAGAAGCAGGAGGAGCAGCGCCGGCUCAAGGAGGAAGAGAAGAAGAACAAGGCGGCGGCUGCUGCGGCUUCGGCCGGUGGAGCGCCCCAGCAGGCGGCUGCGGCCGAUGACGAGGACAUGGAUCCUACUCAAUAUUACGAGAACAGGCUCAAGACCCUUGACACACUCAAGGCUGCUGGUGCUAACCCCUAUCCGCAUAAGUUCCUAGCUAGCAUCUCCGUCCCUGGAUACAUUGAGAAAUACAAGGGCCUUAAUGAGGGGGAGAAGCUUGCUGAUGUUACAGAGUGUCUAGCAGGGAGGAUCAUGAACAAGAGAACAUCAUCUUCUAAGCUCUUAUUUUAUGAUCUUUAUGGUGAUGGCGUGAAGGUUCAAGUAAUGGCUGAUGCCAGGACCUCGGAAUUGGAAGAUGCUGAAUUCUCUAGUUUCCAUUCUGGUGUGAAGCGAGGUGAUAUUGUUGGUAUAUGUGGAAUUCCAGGAAAAAGCAAUAGAGGGGAGCUAAGUGUAUUCCCACGGAAAUUUGUUGUGCUCUCUCCUUGUCUUCACAUGAUGCCCCGGCAGAAGAAUGAAGCAAGUGCGGUACAUACACCAUGGAUCCCAGGAAUGUGUAGGAAUAUCGAGAAGUAUGUUUUGAGGGACCAGGAAACUCGUUAUCGUCAACGAUACCUUGAUCUUAUGGUAAACCAUGAAGUGAGACAUAUCUUCAAGACCCGAUCAAAAAUUGUCUCGUUUAUUCGAAGGUUUCUUGAUGGCCUUGAUUUCUUGGAGGUGGAGACUCCAAUGAUGAACAUGAUUGCUGGUGGAGCCGCUGCAAGGCCUUUUGUCACACACCAUAAUGAUCUAAACAUGAAGCUUUAUAUGCGUAUUGCACCUGAGCUUUAUCUGAAGGAAUUGGUUGUUGGUGGAUUGGACCGUGUCUAUGAAAUUGGGAAGCAGUUCAGGAAUGAAGGGAUUGAUUUAACACACAAUCCUGAAUUCACAACAGUUGAGUUUUAUAUGGCUUAUGCAGAUUACAAUGACUUGAUGGAGCUUACUGAAGCCAUGAUAUCUGGUAUGGUUAAGGAGCUGACAGGUGGGUAUAAGAUCAAAUAUCAUGCCAAUGGAGUUGAUAAUCCACCGAUAGAGAUUGAUUUCACACCUCCCUUUAGAAGGAUAGACAUGAUCGAAGGAUUGGAAGCUAUGGCCAAACUGGAGAUACCGAAAGAUAUUUCCAGUGAUGAAACAAACAAGUAUCUGAUAGAUGCAUGUGCUAAGUAUGAUGUUAAAUGUCCACCUCCCCAGACAACAACACGGUUGCUUGACAAGCUAGUGGGCCAUUUCUUGGAGGAGACAUGUGUGAACCCAACAUUUAUUAUCAACCACCCAGAGAUAAUGAGUCCAUUGGCAAAGUGGCAUAGGUCCCGACCUGGUUUGACAGAAAGGUUUGAGCUCUUUGUUAACAAACAUGAGGUGUGCAAUGCCUACACAGAGUUGAACGAUCCUGUCGUGCAAAGGCAACGGUUUGAGGAACAACUGAAGGAUCGUCAAUCUGGUGAUGAUGAAGCUAUGGCUUUGGAUGAAACAUUCUGCACUGCCCUCGAGUAUGGACUGCCACCAACAGGUGGUUGGGGUUUGGGAAUUGAUCGCCUUACAAUGAUGCUGACAGAUUCCCAGAACAUCAAGGAAGUUCUCCUGUUCCCGGCCAUGAAGCCCCAAGAGUAGCUGUUUGCAAAGAUGAAACCCAUCAGCUGAAGGUACUUGACAAUACAGGGAGUUUUAAUUGCACUGGACAGAACAUGUGUAGCAGCACUGGAGGUACAAGUCAGCUACUUGUGCGAUCGAAGGGUUGUUGAAAUUUUGAGCUCUGGAUAGGACGAACAGUGAGGCAUAUGAAGGGAACAUUCAUCGGAGGAGCCCAAGUGUGCUGCAUGUUUGUUUGUUUUUCUGUUUGAAAAUUGAAAAAGCAAAAUUAGGACUUGGUAUUGUUAUACACUUCCUCAGAUCUCGUCGUAACAGUAACAGUUGCAUUGCUUUCUUAUUGUAUGGAGAUGGACAACACCAGAUGUAGAGCUGCUGCCUCUUCCUCUUAUGCUUGUAGCCAGGGUAUUUGUUUUUGAAAAUCGGGUUUGCAUUUA